AUGUAUGAUAAUUAUAUGGAUAACUUUUUAAAAAAAGUCAACAAAAGCUACGUGACUAGGAAUACAGAUAGUACUGAUUUUGAAUAUCCGACCAAAAUCCCUGCUGUAAGUAUAAAGCAUGGAAAACAUCACCUCUUAGACGGCGUCAGUGGAAAUGAUAGCCCUCCAAAUAUUCAGAUGAUAUAUGAAGAUCCGAAGCUUAAAUCAAGUAAAGAAAGAGAUAAGAAGUACUUCAAACAUGUAUUGCAAAAAUAUUGUUCAAAGGACAAACUUAUAGACACGCAAAUUGGUAAGGAAGAGAGUUAUCAGAAGAAUCGAGGGGACCAUCAAGGUAGUCUGAAUACAUAUUCUAAGUCCUUACAAGGCAAAGUUUUACCACGUUUGUCUCAUAUUUUUAGACGUCCAAGUAAUUACACAAAGCAAUUGCCAAGUAUUGAAGAAAAUCACAAAAUUGACACUAAUCAGUAUUUAUAUUGUGUUGGCUGUGAACAAAGACGAAUUAAGAAACGUCGCAAGGCGAGAGGAUUAGAACAACCUGUUUACAACGUUGAAGGAGAUUUACUUACUCCAUUUCUUACCAAAAUUUCCGCACCUGAAAAACAUGCCUCGAAAAACCAAUCAUCUGGUACACCUUCUCCUUUGACUUCAUCAGUUGGUUCCAUUGAUAAUCGUUACAAGCAAAGAUCAAUAAUGACUGCUCCGGAUGAUGGAAUAGAAAACUAUGAAAUAUUCUACAACCAAACUAAUUUGGAUGGUUCCGAUUAUAAACGACACAAAACUCUACAAUACCCAUCAAUGUAUUCCAAACGCGUAACACAGGCGAUGAGAAAUACAUGUUGUCAGAUAAAUUAUGGAUCACUACCGGGUAAAUCUAAUGACGGAAAAGUAAAGCCAUCUUCAUCAUCCAGUUUUUGGAACUUUGUUGCCGAAAAAAUCCAGGCGAAGUACAAAAAGAAAGACCAGUUUCCUAAUGAUUGUGCGUGUGAACAGAUACGAAAGCCACCACAAAUUACAAAUCAGAAGCAAGACAUGUCACAUUGCUGUCCUACAAGUUGUGAAAAAUUUAAAAAUAUCUUGAAAGGUAGUUCCGAUACUUUACAGAGCCCAAAUCGGGGUAGAAUGUCACCCGAUUCGAUACAAAUGCAAGGUUCUGGCUCAUCAGGUAUAAAGUUGACAAAAGCCCCUGAUCCACAUUCGCUCUCAAAGAAUGCAACCUCACGUGAUUGUCAAUGUAAUUCUAAAGAAUUAAAAACUUACGAACCCCCUACCCCAACCUAUAACGAAUGUCAGAAGCCUCACGAUGAAAUAACUGCAGCCCUAGCUGAAAGUUAUAAUGGGGAAAUUCUCUGUAUUCAUAACCCUCCCUGUGUUCUAAUAAAUGGUUGUCUCAAUCUUCCCCCACCAAAACCAUCUGGGCUGAUGAAUAUCUGGCGAUUUACUCAACAUAAGAAAUCCUCCGAGUUUCGAAAAAAUAAAUAUCAAAGCCAAUUUAUAGAGCAAGCUUGUCAAUACGAACAGCCCUUUGUCAUACAGGAUUUGUUGCCAGAAUUCCAAACGGAAAAGAUUGUUCAGAGUGUUUGUAACCACAAGCCACCUUGUGAAAUUGUUCGUGGCUGCUACAAGCCGAAAUUAGACCAAACUUUGAAAGAUUCACGGUCCUGUGUUCACGUACCAAUGUGUCCAAAGUUGCCUGAGUGCUUGUUACGACACUCCGCUGACGGACAGGCUCAGUGUCCUCAUCGUCCGAGAUGUAGAGAGUUUCCAAUGUGCUCCAAGAAGUUGUUAUUGUUAACUGCAAAAGAAGAUAUGAGUACUCAAGUGAGACCCAGAUCACGUAUGGUGUGUCGACAUGAUCCGCCAUGUUUAAUGAUACCACGGUGCAUUGCUCGCGUGCUCUGCACUGACUCUGUGCCGUACGACGCAAUUCCAGACUGUGUGCACCAGCCAUUUUGUGAGCUCAUUCCGGCAUGUUGCAGGAAGACUGCUAAAGAAAUGCCUUCGCUGACUUCAAACGACGAAGGAGUGUCUAUAAAAGUGCCUCGCAUGCCUCUCCAUCAAAGAAAUCGAUUAAUGAGAUUGAUUAAUAGCAAACGAUGA